GACCUCUCACGGCACACUAGUGGUUGAAAAUCACUGGCCUAUAUGACAAAUUACACAUUUGUAAUAAGAGUUUUAUAUAUAUAUAUAUUUGUUGUCAGGUGCAGCCACGAUUCAUGAGAGACGCAGAUGCGUCUAGCAGAGCAGCAGGAUGAACUUCACUUUGCUCGUGUCCACUUUUCCAAAGAACAGGCGAGUCCUCUGACAUUAGACCAGCUCCACCCAGAGGAUGCAAAGAAGAAGAGCAGGAAGAAGAAGAGUCACAUUAACCCGUCCUCACGAAACAACACAAUCUCUGACUGCGCUUUACUCUCAGGAGUUUUGCACUUUGGCGUUGCAUUGCUUUUUCAACCUCUUGUUGUGAUGCUGUUUGCAUCUUUUACAGUUACACCAUAUCUUCAGCAUCCCAUCCUUUUUAUUUAUUUCUCUCAGAACCAGAGGGGAGGAACCUGCGGAGCAUCCAGUUGCGUUGUGCAGUGCAGUCAACAAAAAGAGGAAUCUCGAGUCCACUUUCCAUCCAUGUUAGGAAACCACAAUGAUAUGGCCCACUUGCUGUUUACCUGUUUGACCUCAGACACGACACAGUAGCACACUGCUCAUCUGCCUUCUUUUGGUGUUCUUUACAAACUUACAAUAACAUGUAUUGCCAUUCUUUAUGUGGAUGUUGCUUUGCCUGGUGUGUGGCUUCACAAAGAGAAGUGUAUGAACACAGAGAUCAUCCACCGUCUGAAAGAUCAGUUACUGAAAAAGGAGAAGCCUGCGUCCAGAGGGACUCAAUUAAAAGUCAAAUAUGUGAAAUAUGAUGCUCUGUUUAACAUUCUGAAUUUAUUUUGAAGUGUUACAUUUCCUACAAAGACUGUUUUGCUUUUAGAGUUGAAAUACCAAAUAAAAACUAGAAAUACCAACAUGUUACAAGUUCCAGCCUUUGGAAUAAGAUCUUUGAGUUUUAGACUAUGUUUAGACUUUUAAACCAUUAAUUGAUUCGCCGUUUAAAAUCAAUAAUGGAAAUAAUUGUAAAUUGCAGUAAUUAACCUGCGUUAAUGCACCACACUGAGACGUGUGUGUGUGUGUGUGUGUGUGUGUGUGUGUGUGUGUGUGUGUGUGUGUGUGUGUGUGUGUGUGUGUGUGUGUGUGUGUGUGUGUGUGGUUGUUUCCUUUACGGUAUCUGAUGUGUGUGUUUACUGACUGGCAGGAUUUUAACAGAGGAAGUCUGUUAACAACUCGAUCCUUGUCCUCGGCUCACUGACCACAGAAGAAGAAUAUCCAUCAGACCUCUUCUUCCUCUUCUUUAGAGCUGUGUUCACUUCUUGUGCACAAUAUUCACCUGGUGAUGUUUUAUUGUGUCUGGUGAGAGGAGCAGCGAUGGCUUUACCUGCAGCAGCCCGUGGAUUAGUUGUCUUCCUUCUCUGUGUGACAGAGAUACAGUGUGAAAGUGACUGGGGAGUGACUUACACCUCUGCUGAGAUCUGUGCUGCCAAAGGAUCAUCAGUGGACAUGAGCUGCACCUACAGAUACCCAACCUCUAAAGAUGGCAUUCAGACGUAUAGUAUAGUUACGCAACAUUUCUGGCAUUUGCAGAAAAAUCUUAAAGAUUUGUCAGAAUUGCCGAAGUAUUCCGGUCAUGUGACGUAUCCCUGCUCCUCUGAGAGAGAGAAUGUCUGCUGUCUGAGGAUCACAAACCUGACAGAGAGCGACUCAGCUGAGUACAUGUUCAGGUUCAUAACAAACCAACCGGGUGGAAGCUGGUCCGGUGUUCCUGGAGUCAAACUCACUGUCUCAGCUCUCCAGAUUCAGGUGACCAGAGUCAAUCAGUCUUCUACCGAGGCAGAGCUGAGUUGUCACAGCAACUGCAACGAUCCUUCUUAUGUCUGGUUCAAGAAUGGACAGAAAGUUCCUGAAGAAGCUUCUUCCUAUACAAACCAUUUUAAUCCUGGAGACAACAUAUCCUGCGCUUUGAAGGGACACGAGGAUUCCGGUUCUCCUUCACUGUAUGCUCCAAAGCUUCCCUCUGUGUCAGUGAGUCCUGGUGAAAUCAUGAAGGGCAGUUCAGUGAAUCUGAGCUGUAGCAGUGAUGCUAACCCAGCAGCUAACUACACCUGGUACAAGAUUAACCAAACACUGCUCAGUGAAGGUCCACAGCUCGUCUUCAGUUCCAUCCGGUCCUCUGACUCGGGACAGUAUCACUGUGCAGCUGAGAACGAGCUGAGGAGGACAACAUCAGCAAACAUCUUCAUUAAUGUGAAAUAUGGUCCAAAGCUCCCCUCUGUGUCAGUGAGUCCAUCUGCUGAGAUAGAGGAGGGCAGUUCAGUGACUCUGAGCUGUAGCAGUGAUGCUAACCCAGCAGCUAACUAUACCUGGUACAAGGAGGAUGGAAACCUCAAACCUCUCAGUGAAGAUCCACAGCUCGUCUUCAGCUCCAUCCAGUCCUCUGACUCUGGACAGUAUCAGUGCAGAGCUCAGAACAAGCUGGGAAUGAAGGAGUCUAAAAGCAUCUCUAUUGAUGUGAAAUAUGGUCCAAAGCUUCCCUCUGUGUCAGUGAGUCCCUCUGCUGAGAUAGAGGAGGGCAGUUCAGUGACUCUGAGCUGUAGCAGUGAUGCUAACCCAGCAGCUAACUAUACCUGGUACAAGGAGGAUGAAGACUCGCCAAAAGCAUCAGGACAGAACUUCACCAUCACUGACUUCAGAUCUGAACACAGUGGGAAUUAUUACUGUGAAGCUCAGAACAGCAGAGGACGUCGUGACUCCACCUUACACCUGACUGUUGGAGCAGGACAAGGGAUAUUAUCAGCUGUUGUAACAAUGACUGCUGUUUUAAUUAUCUUCAUACUCAUCUCUGUCGCUCUGUGGGUGAGGCUCCUAACCAGGAAGGAGGGGGCCCCUAAACCCUCACCUGAGCCUAAAGGGGGGCCAGACGUAAGUGCACAGAAACCCCCCGCUGAGCAGAAGGACACCCUUCACUACGCCGUCGUGCACUUCUCUAAGAGACAAGCAGAUCCUAUCAACCCCGAUACGAGACCAGCUCUGCCCCAAAUACACACGAGUGAAGAGAAGGUGGACAGUGUGGAGUACGCUACUGUCAAGUGUAACGGCGUCAGUACCGCCCCAGGGUGAGCAGCUCUCACACAGGAACAUUAUCCACAUUAUAAGACGGAGAUUACAGUUCUGGAAGGUUUUUGAGUUGCUCGUUGAUCAGUUGAACGAACAGAGCGACAGCAGGGGACCCUGGACCUCCUUCCAGAACUCAUUAGCUGUACAUAAACAGUUUCCAGCCACUCUGUCUGACGUGAUGACAUUUAGAAGUUGUUUUUAAAGAUGUUUGAAAUGUGGCUUUUAAGAAGUCAAGCAGACACCUGCAGUACCUCCACAGACCCCCUGGGGGUCGCGGACCCCCUGUUGAAGACCUAUGCUGUAACGGAUAAAACAAUCACUUAUUAAUCCUUCACUAAUUAUGAUCCAGUAAUAUAAUAUAUGCAUAUGAUUGUGUACACUGAGUACUUUUCCUUUGCUUACUUUAAGUAUAUUUUGAUGCUAAUACUUGUGUACUUUUACUCGAGUAAGAAUUUUAAUGCUGUAUUUUUCUCCUUUUACUUGAAGGGUAACUUAGAACACACAUUCAGAUAUAGAUGCAUGUCUAUACUGCUGCCACUAGAUGUUAAUAAAGAGAAACAUUUUAAUAAUAGACUCUCACAUUUCUUUGUGGUUGUACAAUAUGUUUUUAAUGAUCACCUCUGAUUUUCACUGCAUCACUUUCACCUCUCAAUACCAAUUGUCACGUGUAUACCUUCUAUACAGAUACUAUUGUGGUCCAUCUCUUUUUGUUUUGUAC